AUGUCGAAUCUUCUUUUAAUAUUACUAUGCUCUAUUCUGCCUGUAUUGCUGACAGCUGAAAUGGUGAUACCAAUCAAUGUCAUCGGAAAUCUGGCGGUCAUUGCUACUCCAGAAUCUCACAUUGGGAAUCCGAACAAGACACUUUAUGCUGAUAUACCAAACUUAUGGUGUGGAGCUCAGAAACUUGGAGAACAUCUUGAUGUCGAAUACGGAGAGUUCACACGAUUGUCGGAUGGUAAAGUCUUUCCAGGAACACUAAAUCAGGGAAAAGUUUACCUCGAAAUCGGAAAAGCUAAUGUGAGAGUAACGGGAAGAUAUCGUUGUGAAGUUCGCACACUGGACAAGCAGAUUCAUAGUGGAAACCUAAUAAUCUAUUGUAACUCUGAGAACAUAGAAUACGACGGAAACAACUUAAUUCUCAAAGAGUUAGCCGAGGAACACGCUGGAAAGUAUCGAUGUACUGGCGAUAAUUCUUUUCCUUUGUUUGUAGAUGGACCUUCUAUUCCACAUCAAUUAUAUUUUGAUCAAGACAUAAAAGUUGUUUAG